AAUGUUUUUGAGCUAAUACAAAUAAUUUUUUCAGCAAAUUUUGAGUUCAUGGAAAACGUAUUUUUCGAAAUUUUGGAGAACCGCGGCGAUUUUCCCGCCCGUUCGCAAGCACCGCGCAAACAUCACUUAUCACUUGGAUGCUAAGUGAGGUUGAUAACGGACGGCCCGUCGUCGACAUUUUCUGUUUCUGUUUGUUGAAUGUUUUGUUUUUAUUUUUUGUCCGUAUUGUAAUUUUCGAAUUUUACCAAUUCCGGUACACGUUCCUGUGCCACAUAGGCCUGUUGGAUACGUGAUGUCUUCAUCGUCGUCAACGUCUUCUUACGUCGUCGUUGUCAAACAGGAAAGCGAAUCCACCAGCCAAAUUCCCGCUGUUAACAUGGCCCCUAUACCUGCCUAUAAACGACGGCGUAAUGAAAAACCGGGAAAAGGCUUACGUCAUUUUGCUAUGCGUGUUUGUGAAAAAGUAAGAAGUAAAAAGGUCACUACAUACAAUGAAGUAGCUGAUGAGCUUGUUGCUGAAUAUCCAGAAGGCAGUAAUGCUGAACAGUAUGAUCAAAAGAAUGUUAGACGACGUGUUUAUGAUGCUUUAAAUGUUUUAAUGGCAAUGAAUAUUAUUUCAAAAGAAAAAAAAGAAAUUAAAUGGAUAGGUUUACCAGUAACUUCAGUUCAAGAGUCCUCAACAUUAACACGGGAACGAGAUGAUCUGAUGGCUCGUUUGAACGAAAAGCAAGCGUUUUUACAAGAGUUAAUUAUACAGCAAGUAACCUUUAAACAGUUAGUUGAAAAAAAUAAAAAAUAUGAACAAAUAUAUGGUCGGCCAUCGUCUGCAUCAGUCCUUAGCUUGCCAUUUAUUGCCAUAAAAGCUGAUCCUGGAACAGUAAUAGAUUGCAGUAUAUCUCAAGACAAGAAAGAAUAUUUAUUUGGAUUUAGUAAUAGCUAUGAAAUUGUUGAAGACAUGGAUUUAUUGAAAAACAUGAAUUUGUCACUAGGUCUUAAUACCGGAACCAGUACUGCCGAACAAUUAGAACAGGCGAAAGCAUGUGUCCCAAAAAAAUUACACAAUUUUCUAUCUCGAAUAGCUGUUGAAUCAUCAGCUAUGGACGUAGUAGAAGAACAGCCAACCAAAAAGUUCAAGUCUAGUUAAAAGUGAUGUGGCUUCUAUUGACCAACACUUAAUUCCCAAUUUUUUAGGGAUAUUUUAAUUUAAAAUCACAUUAUUUUUUACAAAUAUUAUCAUAAGUUAUUAUUUUAAUUAUAAUAAGUUACAAUGCUUGUUAUGCAUGAACAAUUAGGGUGUUAUCGAUGCAAGUUGUAUGUAUUCUGACUGGUAAUUUUUUUUUCUUUAAUAAGACUUUUACAUGUUAACAGAAUAUUGUCAAACUAUAGUAAAAAUUCAUAAGUUGAAAUAUAUUUAUAUAUAUAUCUACACACAUAUAUUUAUAUAUGAGAUUUUUAAUUAAUUGAAAUUUGUUGUAUGAUAAUUAUAGCACACACAUGUUAUUUAUAAAACAUUAAAGGUAUGUUAAAUU